CUAUUGAACAUAAAAUAAGGGAGCGAGACAAGUGAUAAAAAGAGUAAUUAUUAUCAUUAUCAAUGAUGAUAAAAAUAUUACUCUUCUUGUAAUUAUUAAUAAUACUCAAUUCAGAUCAGAUUAGUUCAGUUCAGACCAUUUCAAUUUAGUUCAAACUUAUUCAGUUCAGUUAAGUUCAAACUUAUUCAAUCUAAAAAACAAAGCUUAAGUACAAUGUUUUUUUUUUUUUUUUUUUUUUUUUUGGAGAAGAGCCUAAGUACAAUGUUAAGCGACCCAAUCCUCGAGGGCUGUCCAAUUAAUUUAGUACUUAGAUAUAUCAAGUAAAAUGUGUCUGAAAUUUGCGAUUGUAUGUUUAACGUAUACAAUUGUAUAACUAAAGUAACUAUGAAUAUCUCUCUACCAAAUAACUGUAGCCUCUCCUUCUUAAAGCGGAGAAGGAGAUAGUUGGUCUGGUAAUGAAAAAGCUCCAAAAUUUGUUUGAGAAGUACCAACUAUUAUUAUUUUCUCAUCGAAUCAGUUAUUAUGGUGGUUCAUAAAUGAAGAUGAUUUUGAGAGAUAUGGUGUUGUUGAGGAGCAAAACUGCUGUAAUUCCACUUGUUCAUUCUUCUGGUAUUCUUCUUCCUCUCUCUCCUCCUUUCUUUCCUUCCAUUUUCAUAUCUUUAUUUUCUUGUCGAAAUUAUACAUAUGGUGCAACAUAUCAUCAUGUUGAUGACCGUCAAUUGUUCCUAAAAUCUGUGAGACAGGAAUGCAAAUUAGGGUUUCACAAGAUUAAUCAUCCCCUUUCUCUGUUUGAUGCUAUGAUAUCUUUGAGUACUCUUCCUUCUAUUGAGGAUUUCUGUAUGCUUUUAAGUGCAAUGUGUAAGAUGAAACCCCACCCCCCUUUCUCCAUUGUUAUCUCUCUCUUUAGGCAGCUUCAGCUGUCCGGCAUCUCACCCAAUCUUUAUUCCCUGUCCAUCCUUGCCAAUUGUUACUGCCGCUCUGGUCGUGUUGAUUUCGGGUUUUCUGUUGUCGCCAAGCUGUUUAAGAUGGGACAUCAACCCGAUAUUGUCACUUUCAAUACCUUAAUUAAUGGGCUUCUUCAUUCUGAUCGACUGGAUGAAGCUGUUCAAUUGCUCGAUAAGACCAUCAAGCUUGGCUUCCGACCUGACAUCUUCACCUAUGGGACUAUGUUUAAAGGUCUCUGCAAACGAGGAAACAAUGUUGGUGCUCUUAAGUUGCUUCGCACCAUGGAAUCUCAUGGCCAUUGCCUGCCUAAUGUUGUCAUAUAUACUACCAUCAUUGACAGUCUCUGCAAAGAUAAGUUUUUAUCUAAAGCCCUCAAACUUUUUGAGGAGAUGAAAAACAAGCGUAUUUCCCCUAAUGUCAUCACUUACAAUACGCUAAUUCGUGGUUUGUGCACUAUGGGGAAGUGGAAAGAUGCUCAAGAUAUGUUGACUCAGAUGUUGGACAGCAGCAUAGUUACUGAUGUGGAGACCUACACCAUAUUGAUUGACAUGUAUUGUAAAGAAGGGAUGGUUGCUGAAGCAAGGGCUAUAUUUGAUUCCAUGAUUGACAGUGGUCAGGUUCCAAAUAUCAUCACUUAUAGUGCUUUACUAGAUGGAUAUUGUUUACGUGGUGAGAUGGAAGAGGCUGAAAAGGUAAUGGAUUUGAUGGUAAAACAUGACUGCAAACCUAAUGUGGUUACUUUUAGCAGCUUAAUCAAUGGAUAUUCAAAGGCUAAAAAGGUUGACAAAGCUGUGCAUCUUUUCCAAGAAAUGCCACAUAAAGGACUUACUCCUAAUGUUGUCACAUAUAACACUCUAAUUGAUGCUAUGUGCAAGGACAAUCAAGUACAUUUUGCACGCAAGCUCUUUAAAGAUAUGGAAUCUCAUGGCUUAAAACCAGAUGUAGUCACUUAUAAUUCGUUGAUUCAUGGUCUAUGUCAAAAUGCACUGAUUGACGAAGCAUUACACAUGUUUAAUGACAUGAAGAGCGGUGGUGUGCUCCCCGAUAUUUUCACGUACACUAUCUUUAUUGAUGGCUUGUGUGAAGCUGGCCGACUUGAAGAGGCUGUGAAUAUCUUCUCCUUUCUUGUAGCUAAGGAGUUACCCCUAAAUGUGCGUACCUACACUGCAAUGAUCAAAGGAUUUUGUAAGAAAGGGCUACUAACUGAUGCUCAAGAGGUAGUAAAGAAAAUGGUAGAUGAUGGAUGUCCUCCAGAUGAGUGCACCUACAAUACAAUUAUUAGGGGAUUCCUUCAGGGUAAUGAUCUUAGCAAGGCUUUGGAGCUUGUCACCAUUAUGACCAGCAAAGGAUUUGCAGCUGACGCUCAGACUACUUCGCUAUUUGCUUACUUACUCAUUGAUCCCAGAGUUAGUGAAGAAAACAAGGCCUUGCUUCGAAAGUUAAUGAAAGGGGAUGCACCAGUUGUGGUGAUUACCAGAUAUGAUAGGGGAUGCACCAGUCGUGGUGAUUGGUUAUUGUUACUCUGUUUCCAUAAAAAAAUCUCCAAAAACUUCGCAAUUCUACUUCCUAUAUUUCUUAUACAAUCACUGAUUUUAGAAAAAAAGAUGAGGAGUAAAAUUGCUUCAAUCACCAACAUUGCUACUCAAAAUUCAUCAUCUGCUUACUUCAAUGGUCGCGGUAAUCUUCUUCAUUUCUCUCCUCCUUUCCUUUUUCCUUUAUCUCGUUUUCAAUUUCUAUACUUUCGAUUUCGAGAUUAUUAUAGUUAUUGCGCAAAAGAGGAUUUUGAAGUUGAUGAACCUCAAAUGUUCCUAAAAUCUGUGAGACAUGAAUGCAAAUUAGGGUUUCACAAGAUUAAUCAUCCCCUUUCUCUGUUUGAUGCUAUGAUAUCUUUGAGUCCUCUUCCUCAUAUAAUUGAUUUCAACCAGCUUUUAAGUGCAAUGUGUAAGAUUAAACCCCACCCCCCUUUCUCCACUGUUAUCUCUCUCUUUAGGCAGAUUCAGCUGUCCGGCAUCUCACCCGAUCUUUAUUCCCUCAACAUCUGUGCCAAUUGUUACUGCCGCUCUGGUCGUGUUGAUUUCGGGUUUUCUGUUCUCGCCAAGCUGUUUAAGAUGGGACAUCAACCUGAUAUUGUCACUUUCACUACAUUGAUUAAUGGGCUUAUUCAUUUUGAUCAACUGGACGAAGCUGUUCAGUUGCUCGAUAAGACCAUCAAGCUUGGCUUCCAACCUAGCAUCUUGACCUACGGGACUAUGUUUAAAGGUCUCUGCAAACUAGGAAACAAUGUUGGUGCUCUUAAGUUGCUUAGGACUAUGGAAUCCCAUGGCCAUUACCUGCCUGAUGUUGUCAUAUAUAAUACCAUCAUUGAUAGUCUCUGCAAAGACCAGCUUUUACCUCAAGCUCUCCAACUGUUUGAGGAGAUGAAACACAAACGCAUUUCCCCUGAUGUCAUCACUUACAAUACGCUAAUUCGCGGUAUGUGCACUGUGGGGAAGUGGAAAGAUGCUCAAGAGAUGUUGACUCAGAUGUUGGACAACAAUGUAGUUGCUGAAGUGGAGACCUACAACAUGUUGAUUGACAUGUAUUGUAAAGAAGGGAUGGUUGCUGAAGCAAGGGCUAUAUUUGAUUCCAUGAUUGACAGUGGUCAGGUUCCAGAUAUCAUCACUUACAAUGCUUUAAUAGAUGGAUAUUGCUUACGCGGUGAGAUGGAAGAGGCAGAAAAGGUAAUGGAUUUGAUGGUAAAACAUGACUGCAAACCCGAUGUUUUUACUUUCAACAGCUUAAUCAAUGGAUAUUCAAAGGCUAAAAAGGCUGACAAAGCUGUGCAUCUUUUCCAAGAAAUGCCACAUAAAGGACUUACUCCUAAUGUUAUCACAUAUAGCACUCUAAUUGAUGCCCUGUUCAAGGACAAUCAAGUACAUUUUGCACGCAAGCUCUUUAAAGAUAUGGAAUCUCAUGGCUUAAAACCAGAUGUAGUCACUUAUAAUUCGUUGAUUCAUGGUCUAUGUCAAAAUGCACUGAUUGACGAGGCAUUACACAUGUUUAAUCACAUGAAGAGCAGUGGUGUGCUACCCGAUACUUUCACGUACACUAUCUUUAUUGAUGGCUUGUGUGAAGCUGGCCGACUUGAAGAGGCUGUGAAUAUCUUCUCCUUUCUUGUAGCUAAGGCGUUACCUCUAGAUGUGCAUACCUACACUGCAAUGAUCAAAGGAUUUUGUAGGAAAGGGCUACUAACUGAUGCUAACGAGGUAGUAAAGAAAAUGGAAGAUGAUGGAUGUCCUCCAGAUGGGUGCACCUACAAUACAAUUAUCAAGGGAUUCCUUCAUGGUCAUGAUGUGAAAAAGGCGUUGGAGCUUGUCAGCAUUAUGACCAGCAAAGGUUUUGCAGCUGACACUGAGACUACUUCGUUUUUCUUUCACUUACUCAAUGAUCCUAGAAUUAGUGAAGAAAACAAGGCCUUGCUUCAAAAGUUCUUCGAAUUAUGAGUUACCUAUAUAACUAUCAGACAAGAGAGUUUUACAACCUCAGUUAUUCCCAUGAAUCAUCAAAAACUUCUGCUACUUUUGGAGAUUAUUUGGUGACUAAGUGCGGAGUGCUUAUGAUGUCACUUUUUGUUUUCUUUACGACGACGAUGUCAGUUUCAUUUACAUUGAGAGAGACCCAAACUCGAAUGCUCAAAUUUACAGCUUCAACACCAUGCUCGACAUCGACUUCCAGCAUUCCAGCUAAUAUUUGUUCAUGUCAUUGAAUCGCUCGUCUUUGUGCGUAUCAUGAUACGCAUCCUGUUUUUUCUGUUCGAAUUUUAUGAUGAUCAACUGCUGGCUUUUAUGGUGGUGAUACUGGUCUGGCUAUGUGAGCUUUUUACCCUUAUCAGUGUUCGUACUCCAAUAUAAAUGAAGUUCUUUCCACGCUUCUUCUUACUCUAUUUCCUGGUGUUCCACAUCUACUUCUUCUCGUAUGCUUAUGGUUUUUCAUACCUGGCCUUAUCUACUACUGCAGCAUUUAUGCUGCAUCUUAUCCUGUAUUUUUGGAACAGAUUCGAGGUAAAUAAUCUUAUGACGCCUUCUGGAGCUUAGAUCUAAAGCUUGAAUGUCGAUUGUCUUGUAAAAUUGAUGGCAUAAUGAUCUUUGCAAAUUGCAACCAUAGAACAGUUCACUAUGUCGUCAUAUCUGUGAUGCCGUAUUCGAUGCCGUAUUCAAGAUUGUAAAUUGCAACCAGCCAACCAUAGAACAGUUCACCAUGCAAUAGUGACGGCUGGAUCCUGGGAAAUGACAAAAUAAGUGCAAGGAAAGGACAGAAGAUGACUUCAUAACAGAAAAUACAAUCAUCCUAAUAUCAAGGUCCCUGCUUUACAAAGGUUUUGGAAAAUUGCCUUUCACAUAUGCAACAUCACCCGGACUUCCACAUAACCUCCUCUACGAUACUUGCUUCUACAUGGCACUUCACCCGGUCGAAUACAAGGAAUCCUGACCCAGUCAGAAUGGAGGACGCUUCAGGUCCUGGGGUCUUUGUCCUCAGGCCUAGUGGUGAUGUUCCAAUACCUGCUAAUGUGCAGGCAGAGGCUCCUGCGGCUUCAAGAACAAUCAACAGAUGCAAAUCGGCAAAAUGAAAAUGUGGAUAGAGAACCUCUUCCAAUCCCUGACCAUGACGUUCACCAACCGGAAGCUGGUCAAAACCCGGGAAAUAUGAACUCCUUUAGCUAUUUGUUGCUAUGGAUUCUUGGAGGAGCUUCUUCUGAAAGCCUGAAUUCUUUUUUCUCCAUUUUUAGAGAUAUGAGAGAUCAAGCGUAAUUUUAUACAGAUUCUCCAAGACAGGAAAAUGCUACUACUGAUAAUUCUCAAUAAUGGAGAAGCAGGUGAAGGCAAAUCUGGAAAAAGAUUGAGAGUAUUCUUUCUUUGAGCUUCGGAUUUUUGUAACAAAGUGAUUAUAUCGCGAUAGAUGCCGAAGCAGGAAAUGACGAUUGUUUGUUGGUUGUAAAGGAUAAGAAGAGAAGCUUUAUAACAAAAUGCUGAGUUCGUGUUUUAAAUGCAUUAAUGGUAAAUGUGUCGAGUGGAGGAUUUUGGCCGUGAGCAGAGGGUUUUACCCAAUUUUUGUCUUCUACAUAUAUUACAUAAUUGUUUCAAAAUAUUCAGAGACAUGUAAUCAUGUUUGGAUUUUUCAGCAAUGUUUUACUGCUGUCUGCUGGUUUGUGAAAAAUGUAUUGUUUAGGUAUGCGAUUAGACUAUAUUCAAUUAUGGCAAUAAUGUAACGAGGGACUCAUUUGGAGCAACGUGAACAGUCCAAUUGAGGGCUGUUCGGUAUUACAAUAGUUUUUUGUUUUUUGA